GUGUAUGACAAUAAAAAUUUAGACAUUUUAAGACGCGUUUUAAAGAUCGUGCACAGUCAAAUGAGAUAAAAAAAUAGAGACAGAGAGAGUAAUGAUGAUACGCACCACUUGUAAUAAUGUGCAUAAAAAACUUAUUACGUGUGUUAAGACAUUACUGUAAUAUUUUUCAUGAGAAUCAUAACUUUGUCAUCGACAACUAUAAAAGCCAUGCAUGCCACAAUACAACUUCAUCAUCCGAUUACAAAUGAAAUAAAAAAAAAAUUAAAAAACAAUGAAGGAAAAACAGUUGAAAGUAUUGAUACAUCCAUGGUUAGCCAUGGGUCAUUUUAUUCCAUAUCUUCAUCUUGCUAACAAAUUUGCCGAGAGAGGCCACAUUGUCACUCUAUUGCUCCCAAACAAGGCCAAAUUUUUUUUACAAUCUAAAAACUUUCAUCCGUCCUUUAUAACCUUACAUACAAUCACUAUUCCCCAAGUUCAUCCACUCCCUUCGGAUACGGAAACCGCUUCGGAUAUUCCCUUCCACCUCCAAACCCACCUUGCCACCGCUUUAGACCUCACUCGGGUUGAGUUUGAGUCUAUCCUUGUUAGACUUCAACCUAACCUCGUCAUUUAUGACUUUACCUACUGGGUUCCAGAGGCAGUAGUUGCCUCUGGGUCCCAGGCCAAGUGUGUGGCCUACUCUAUAGUUUCCGCCGUGGCCAUGGCCUUUACUAUGGUCCCAUCUCGGGACCCACCAAAAGACAAAGUCGUGUUUGAGGAGGAUGCCUGUGUUGCAAUUGCACCACCAGGCUACCCUUCGUCCACGGUCAUUAUAGACCCAAAGACAAUGAUUCGAUCAUUGUAUGUGCCAUUUGGCGAGGGGGUGACCUUUUACGAGCGGAUCACCACCUCGCUUAGGCGUAGCGACGCAAUCGCUAUCAAAACCUGCCGAGAGAUAGAAGGCAAGUAUUGUGACUACUUAUCUAAGCAGUUCAAUAACAAGCCAAUCCUCCUCUCGGGCCUAGACCUCCCUGAGCCCAAUAGGCCCAAUGAAACAAUUCUAGAGGCCCAUUGGACAGAUUGGCUAAGCCAAUUCUCACCAAGAUCAGUGGUGUUUUGUGUUUUUGGGAGUCAAGUCAUACUCGACGUGGCCCAAUUUCAAGAGCUCCUACUCGGAUUUGAAAUGACAAAUUUACCCUUUUUGGCCGCAUUCAAGCCCCCCACUGGCUAUGCAACCGUGGAGGAGGCAUUCCCCGAUGGGUUUGCAAAGAGGGUCGGUGAUCGAGGGGUGGUAACGGGGGCAUGGGUGCAACAGCAACAAAUACUAGCACACCCAUCAGUCGGAUGCUUUGUAAGCCAUUGUGGAUCAGGAAGUAUAUGGGAGGGUAUGUUGAGUAAAAAUCAGAUAGUGUUGAUGCCGCAAUUACACGAACAAGUCUUAUUUACAAAAAUAUUUACGACGGAGUUGAAAGUGGCUGUGGAAGUAGACCGAGGAGAGGAUGGAAUUUGGGUGUCAAGGGAGAGUUUGUGUAAAGCUAUUAAAUCUGUGAUGGAUGAAAGUUGUGAGAUUAGUGGUUUAAUUAAGAAAAACCAUGAAAUUUGUAGGCAAAAAUUAGGUCAACCUGGAUUAAUGAGUGGUUACUUCGACAAAUUUGUUAAGGAUUUGCAAGCUCUCGUUAGUAAUCACGUAGUCUGAUCUAAAUGUUGGUUGUUGUUCCUCGUAGAUUUGUCUCCUUUGCCAUUAGGUUAGUGUCUUAAAGUUGAAUUUGUUGUUUUGUAAGCAAUUUAUUUAUUGUACCAUGUUCUUAUAUACUCCCUCCGUGUUUUAAUAAGUGUUAAACUUUUAUUUUUGACAAAAAGUUACAUUUUAAUAUUGAGUAGGUAUUGUUUGCGGAUUGUUGUACGCAUAAUUACGUGCGGCAGACUUAACUGAUAUGUUUCAUUCGUUGGCUGAUAUAUUUAUUUUGUUAGCUGAUAUGUUUUUUUUUUAAGUUUGAUAUGUUCCUUUUGUUGGCUGCUAUCAGACAUCAGUUGACUGCUAUGUUUCUUUAGUUGGAUGAUAUCUUUAUUUUGUUGGCUGAUAUGUAUAUUUUGUUAGCUUAUACGUUUCAUUUUGUUGUCUGAUAUGUUUAUUUUGUUGGCUUACAUGUUGCUUUUGUUUGCUGAUUUCAUCCUUUUAUUGGCUUAUAUGUUCAUUAUGUUGGCUGAUAUGUAUCUUUUAUUGGCUGAUAUAGUCCUUUUGUUGGCUGAUAUGUUCUUUUUGUUGGUUGAUACGUUUUUAUUAAUGUCUGAUAUAUUCUUAAUGUUGACUGAUAUCAAACAUCAAUUGGCUGAUAUGUUCCUUUUAUUGGCUAACAUUUGUAUUUUGUUUGCUGAUCCAUAUAAUUAACCAUUCAUCCAACAAAAAAUAAGAUAUAUUAUACAAGACCAAAAAGUUUAGCAAUAUCACUAAACGUCAAAUUAAUGGCGUCACUCACCAUGCCGCAUCCAAUAAUUUGUGUUUAAUAUUAUAUAUCUCUCUUUUCAUAGUUCCCACCCAAACCUAAAAUUACUUUUUUUUUAUUAUUUUUUUUCCUCUCACAUUCAUUACUUUUCAAUAAUCUAUUAAUCACUAUCUUUGUUUCACAAUUUUGUAAUAUUCUAACUACCUCACUUACUUCUUAUUUUAUUUAAGUCAAUUAAAUUGCCUAAAAUUAUAUGCUAAUUACGACUCCGAUAGGUAUUUAAUUCAAUUUUUUUAAUAAUUUUAUUUUACUCAUUUGUUGAAUUUUUUACUAGGAGACGAAUUUCAUCCAAAAAGUGUUAAUUACGACUCCAAUAGGUAUUUCUUCUUCGUUUUUUUUUAAACUUUACGCUCAUCAUUUUUAGCUACAAAUAAUGCUUGUAAUUAUCAACAAUUCUAUCUAUGAUAAAUCUCAAUUGUUAAAACAAAUUACAAUUAACUAUUCUUCUAAAUUGGGAAAUUAAAUUUAUUAGUCAUUUCAAUAGCAAAAAUGAGAGUAAAAUAUGAAAAUACUUGUAUGAGUUGUGAUCGGUAAUUUUUUUUUUUUUUUAAGAAAAAUUCAUCAAAUGCUAGCAAAAAAAACUAAUAACAAUACAAAAGGUUUUGCACGAAUCGGGUGUGUACAGUAAAUUUAUACUGUACAUCCGGUUAUUGCAUACCAAAAAGUUACCCUUAAUCUCAUAAAAGUUAUUCUUAUUACUUAGUUACUUUUAUUCUCACAAAAUUAGCCUUAAACUAUCAAAGGUUACUAAUACUACCCAGUUACUUUUAUCCUCACAAAUCACCCUAUCUAUAAAUAAUACUAAAACAACAACCGCUGACAUCAUCUCUAACCUCAAAUGUACACAUGUUAUUCUCAUGAAAAAUUUUCCCGCCUAAAUAAAAAUAAUAGCAUCAUAAUUUACUUAUUUUUUAAGGUUAAAGCUGUUUCAAAUUCUUUGACUAUUUUUUACUCUGAAUAAGUGUGUAUACUACUCAAAUACCAUUUUUAUCUUUGAGUAAAUUUAUUUGGUAUUUUUUAUUUGAUAAUACUUUCUCCUUGUAACACAUGCUUCCCAAUCUAUAUAUCUAUAUAUAUAA